AUGCUGAUGCAGAGUGCGUGUAUAGUCUGCAACAAGCACAUCAUAUCUGCUGCAGGCCCAAACCGGGCGUUUUGCUACCUCGUAAAAUGUCCAUUUGGGCAACAAAUGUUGACACUGGGCAAAUACAUGCCAGUAAUAUGUACGCCAGACAAUUCGAUUGAAGACGAUGUUUGUCCAUAUGGUUACGAAUGCCUUCGGUCCAUCACGGAUUUCGCUCAAGGAUUGUCACAACCAAACUAUGUGUGUUGUAGAGCAGCCGUCUAG